CGCUGACAUUUUUAUCCCCUUUAGACAUUUCUUUGAAGAGAGAGAGAGCGAUUUGGAACUGAUGUGAAAGAGAAGUACCCGGGGCCCGUGCUUAGCCACAGGGAUAAAUAAGAACCUGCUGGGGUGCUGAGUCUUCUACACCAACAGAAAAUACACAUUCAUUGUAUCAAAGGCAGAUCAAUAGUUAGUACCAUGUUUACUCCAAAUCCCCAGAGUAAGCGCCACUCAGCGGGAAGAAAAUACAAGUGCCCAGAAUGUGGGAAAGCAUUUCCAGCACAAAAAGACCUUAAUUCUCACUGCAAAACUCACACAGGGGAGAAACCAUUCACCUGCAUAGAAAGUAGGAAAUGUUCUCCUCUAAAGGAAGGGCUUACAGUUCAACUGAGAAGCCGCACAGGGGAGAAACCUUUCUCCUGUACAGAAUGUGGCAACGGUUUCCCUUCAAAGAGCCUCCUUAUCUCACAUCAAAAAGUCCACACAGGGGAGAAACCAUUCACCUGCACAGAAAGUAGGAAACGUUCUCCUCUAAAGGAAGGGCUUACAGUUCAACUGAGAAGCCGCACAGGGGGGAAACCUUUCUCCUGUACAGAAUGCGGCAACAGUUUCCCUUCAAAGAGCCUCCUUAUCUCACACCAAAAAGUCCACACAGAGAAGGAGAAACCAUUCACCUGCACAGAAAGUAGGAAACGUUCUCCUCUAAAGGAAGGGCUUACAGUUCAACUGAGAAGCCGGACAGGGGAGAAACCUUUCUCCUGUACAGAAUGCGGCAACGGUUUCCCUUCAAAGAGCCUCCUUAUCUCACAUCAAAAAGUCCACACAGGGGAGAAACCAUUCACCUGCACAGAAAGUAGGAAACGUCCUCCUCUAAAGGAAGGGCUUACAGUUCAACUGAGAAGCCGCACAGGGGGGAAACCUUUCUCCUGUACAGAAUGCGGCAACAGUUUCCCUUCAAAGAGCCUCCUUAUCUCACACCAAAAAGUCCACACAGAGAAGGAGAAACCAUUCACCUGCACAGAAAGUAGGAAACGUUCUCCUCUAAAGGAAGGGCUUACAGUUCAACUGAGAAGCCGCACAGGGGAGAAACCUUUCUCCUGUACAGAAUGUGGAAAAUGCUUUCCCAGUAAGAGAAACCUUUGCAUUCAUCAAAUGGUCCACACAGGGGCAAAACCCUUCAGCUGCGCGGAAUGUGGGAAAAGAUUCACUAGAAAGUUACAGCUUCUCGCUCACCAGCGCACUCACACAGGGGAAAAAGCACCCAGAAGCGCAGAAACUUUCCCUUGCACCGAAUGUGACAAAGGCUUCGCUCAGAAAACGCUCCUCCAGAAACACACACUUACUCACACAAAGGUAAAACCGUUCCUAUGUUCCCACUGCCUGAAAAGUUUCUAUAGAAAAAGCCACCUUCGGAGACACGAGUUUAUACACUUCGGGGAGAAACCAUUCACCUGUACGGAAUGUGGGAAAAGCUUCACUCGCAAGGACCACCUACAGCAACACUCAAUGAGGGUUCAUUUAGGGAAGAAGCCGUUCCCAUGUACCGAGUGUAACAAAUGCUUCUCCGACAGAUACAACCUCUUAUUACACCAGCGAAGCCACACGGGGGAGAAACCCUUUACUUGCAUAGAAUGUGGGAAAAGUUUCAUGGCAUAUAGCCUUUUAAACAGGCACUGGAAAACCCACACGGGGGAGAAACCUUUUACUUGUACAGAAUGUGGGAAAAGUUUCUUCACAAGAAGCUCCCUUUCCUCGCACCAAAAAAGCCACACUGGGGUGAAACCAUUCACAUGUACAGAAUGUGGCAAAGGCUUCUCUGCUAAGAAUAACCUCCUCUUCCACCAGAGAAUCCACACCGGGGAGAAACCAUUCAUAUGUACUGAAUGUGGGAAAGGUUUCUCUGUUAAGAAAAGUCUCCUCAUCCACCAGAGAGUCCACACCGGGGAGAAACCAUUCACAUGUACAGAAUGUGGGAAAGGUUUCUCUGCUAAGAAUGACCUCCUCACCCACCAGAGAGUCCACACGGGGGAGAAACCAUUCACAUGUACUGAAUGUGGGAAACGUUUCACCACAAAGAGCCAAAUGCGCAGACAUCAUGUAAUACACACGGGGGAGAGACCCUUCACAUGUAGAGAAUGUGGGAAGACGUUCCCGUAUAGGCAGAGACUUGCCGCACAUCGGGCCACUCACACCGAGGGUGGGAAAAGCCUCUCUCAGAAGAGCAUCAUGGAACUCCGCACAAGGGAGAAACCUCUCACCAGCAAAGUAUGAGGGAUCAAAGUCGCCCCUAAAUACUCUUCUCCUACACCUGACAGAAGGGAAACCCUUCCCUGAACUGAAUGUGGAAACUUCGGCAACAGUAACUUUCUCCCCCCCCCCAAACGUUACUCAUAGGUGGUUCCAAAGUCUGCACUCCAACCAGCAAUUGGCUGUCCUCUGUCCAUAGGUACAGUGUGGCCCCAGUCCAAGGCAUUAUUUCUAAAUUGUUUCUUAGUUAAUGUAAUGCACAAUCUGUUAGUCUAGUAUAACUUCUUUGCAGCAGGCUCUGUUUUUAUUGUGUUUAUUAAAAACUUUAUUAAAAACUUCUCCAAAAAC